AUGCAGGCAACAAUAUUCAAAUUGUGUGUCCAAUCCUUCGACUAUCCAGAUGUCAUCAGUAAACACGUAACGGAAUUGCUAGAUCAACAUAACUUUUCGAUCAAUAUCAAUAGACAUGGUGACCUUAAUAUACUUGUUGUUAAAGGCAUAAUUUCAUAUGUAUACAGACACGAUGUAUUUAGGGUACCAAUAUUAAUCAAAAUAUACAAAUCUUACCCAUUUGUUCCACCAAUUGUCUAUAUUAUAAACCAUAUAGAAUUCAGGAUACUACCAAACCAUCCUAAUGUGGAUGAAAACGGACUGAUUACUGUUAGGUAUCUCGAUAAUUGGGGGAAGAAAUCUAAACUUGUUGAACUUUUGAAUAUAUUGGUCCAAAAUUUCAAAAAAAAAUCUCCUCUAAUUAAAAUAUCGCAUAAAAAUAUGCCCCAAAAUGACAUAUCAAUCCAUCCUUCAAAAUCUUUUCAAUUGCACAGCCUAUCCCAAUCCAAAAUUCACUCACAACCACAGCUAAAACUCAGCUCAACUAUACCUAUAUUUAAAAAUGCAGCUAAAUACUUACAAAUUCAAUGGCAUGAGGAUAAUAAUAAUAUUGACACGAUUUAUCAUGGUGAAAAGGAACGGAUUUUUUACCACUUCCAGAUUCUAGAAUCAUGGCUUCCCACAUGUGAAUUGUUAGCAGAUAAAAUUAUUCUCCAUAAACAAUCCAACACAUUUCUAAAUGAAUUAUCAACAAAUACGACCUCCAUUAAGAAUGAACUCAUUGAGAUUCUCAAAAAAACCAAGGCUAAACACCUACGAUUGUCCAAUAAAUUACGCACCUUGAAUGAAAUCAAGCAGGCAAUUUUAGGUGAAGAGAAUUAUUCCAAAAUAUUCACUAUUACUAAUAAUGAGUGGUGGUUGAUUAUUAAAUUUGUAACCAUGGAAUUGCUGGUAGAUGAUCAAAUAAACAAUCUUUUUAUGGGUUUGGAAAACAAUUUGAUUGAUGCUGGUCAAUUUGUUAAGUAUUCAAUGAGAAUUUUUUACGAUAAAUACGUGGCAAAAAUUGAGUGUGAAACGUUCUUCAAUACAUACAAUUCUCAGUAA